UUGUCUACGUCGUGCUGAUAUCAUCAAAGUAUUUGACGGUAGAGACACAAAUGCUCCAGCUAUUGCUAUGUUGUGUAACGAGCUUACAGGAUACGAGGUGCUAUCAACAGGUCCUGCAUUACUUCUACAGUUCACGGCAAAUUCAGCCACUCCAGGACAAGGUUUUGCCGCCACAUUUCAUUUUCAACCACCGCCAGAUUCCACGGCAGCCGAUUCUGACCGCCUCUUGAAACUCAGUUUUGGAAAAGCCUUCGAAUCUCUCGGUCCAGAAGUAAGCGCUACAACUUCAUCCUGUCAUCAAGAAUUUAGCAGUGAUGGAUCGAAGCAUGGAACACUUACAUCCCCUCAUUACCCAUCACCUUAUCCACCAAACACGCACUGCCAUUACGAAUUCUUUGGAAGAGGAAAGGAGAGAGUUAGAUUAAUAUUUCAAGACUUCUUUUUGUACAAAUCUGCAGACGGUGCCGUUGAUUGUACCAGUGUAGAUUCCUUACAAGCAUUUGUAAAUGUAGACGGAAGAUUAGAGAAGGUCGAGACAUUCUGUGGAAUAAACCUACCCAAACCAAUUAUGUCGAAUGGACCGAAACUAAUGUUGGAAUUCCGAGGGACACAGUCCUCUAGAUAUGCAAGAGGAUUUAAAAUAUCAUAUUCGUUUGUAGAAAAUUUUGGAAUUAAUACAGGGAGGCAACUGAAAGAGUUUCCUUGCGCCUUCGUUUAUAAUAGUAGUGAAUCUCGAAAUGGUACCUUCGCGUCCCCUAAUUCCCCGGGACCAUAUCCCCGUGAUACUGAAUGUACAUAUUUCUUCCACGGCGGGGAAACAGAAAAGGUUCAUCUUCACUUCACAAACUUCGAUGUCGAAGGAGUUUUACCAUGUGAAGCCGUGUCAGCUAGUGACUAUGUCGAAUUUUCAAAUUAUAUGACUGAGGACAAUAGAUACGGUAGAUAUUGUGGUCAAAUGAAGGAAUUUCAUGUCGAGUCGGAAAGAAAUUUCUUCAAAGUAACGUUCAGAUCCAAUGAUCGCUUAGAUGGUACUGGUUUCAAAGCUAUCUACCAAUUUUUAGAAGUAACAGAUGAAUACCAAGCUCCCAUGCAGGAAGAAGCUUCGUACGCAGUGUGUAUUUCAAGACCAUUUUCGAUGCUGAUCCUUGUCACGAUAAUGCAGCUGUAUCAGCAGUUAUAUCAUUAAAUAAAGUGAUAUUAGAUUAAUUACUUAGCCUAUAAUCCUGUAUAUUUUGUAUAAUAGCAUGUGCCAUACACAUUGUUAAUUACGUAGAAAUGCAAUAUUUUCUAAACUGUUAUGUUUUAAGUUUUCCUCUUAUUACCAAGUAAAGCAAUACCAUACGGAACACAAUAAAUAUUUUAAUCAUAAAGGCACUUCAUAACAAUAAUUAAAUAAUUUGA